AUGGACACCGAAAAGGCUGCAGAAACUGCCCGCAGCAGGGAGGACGAUGAUGUCUUGAACAACUUGGCACGGAAAGAAGAAGGCGGUGUCGACCUAGAGGCCACGAGCAUAAGAUCCGAUCGGAGCCAGCACUACGAGGAUGAUCUCGAAGAUCAGAACGGCAUGGAGCCUCAGCGCUCCAACACGACGGGAGCAUCUACGUGGGCUUCUGAGCAGAUGUCUCUUCCCCAGGAGAUCCUGUUCGUGGUAACAGUCUGCUUGACCCAAUUCUGCAACCAGGCCUCAUUUUGCGCAAUGCUAUUCCUUCUCGGUACUGUGGGCGACAGCUUGGGAGUCACCAACCCGUCCCUUCUCAGCUGGCUCGUCGCGGGAUUCAGCCUGACCGCAGGCACGUUCCUGAUCUUCUCAGGACGGCUGGGCGACGCUUUUGGCUACAAAUUGAUGCUGAUGAUCGGCUUUUCGUGGUUCUCGCUAUGGUCGGUACUUGCCGGAGUUGCCGUGUACUCCGGAUACACGCUCUUCGUCUUCGCUCGGGUCUUCCAGGGUAUCGGGUCCGCCAUUUGCAUCCCGAACGCCCUGGCCAUCCUUGGCGCGGCAUAUCCUCCUGGCCAUCGCAAGGCCAUGGUCUUCGCCUUGUUUGGGGCAAGUGCGCCAGUCGGUGCAUUGACGGGUGGGAUUGUGGGAACUUCGCUCAACUUGCUUUGGUGGCCCUGGAACUUUCAUGCGCUGGCCAUCGUCCUCGCCUUGCUAACCGUCCUCACUCACUUCGUUGUGCCAUCACCACGCCCGCCCAGAUUGUCGGGGAAGGUCUCCUUACGUGAUUUGAACAACGAGCUGGAUCUGGUUGGGGCAGUCACCGGAAUUUCAGCCCUGGUUCUGUUCAACUUUGCAUGGAAUCAGGCACCAAUAGUUGGCUGGAACUCGGCACAAGUGAUUGCCACUCUUGUUGCCGGCGUGGUGGUAUUCUUUACAUUCAUGUGGGCUGAGUACCGCUAUGCCGUAAAUCCUCUCCUACCUCUCGACGCAUUCAAUGCAGACGUCGGAUUCGUCCUCGGCGCACUCGCCUGUGGCUGGGCCAUGUUUGGCUCUUGGUCUCUCUAUGUAGUGUUGGUCUUCGAGAACAUACGGGGUCUGGCUCCAUUGCCGGCCGCAACCUGGAUGAUUCCUAUUCUCGUCACUGGCCUGCUUGCGUCUGUGAUCACAGGCUACCUGCUGGGACCAGCCAAUUUUACACCCCCUGUGGUGAUGACUAUUGCCCUGACGUUUUUCACGACUGGUGUUGUCAUCUUCGCAACGGCACCCGUGGAUCAGAUCUAUUGGGGACAGACAUUCGUGUCAAUUGUUAUCAUACCCUUUGGUAUGGAUAUGAGCUUCCCGGCGGCAACCCUGAUUCUCUCCGAUGCGGUCAAGAAAGAGCACCAAGGAAUCGCAGCAAGUCUGGUAGCAACAGUCGUCAACUAUAGUAUAUCUCUAGGCGUUGGGUUUGCGGGAACAGUGGAGGUUCAUAUUAACAAUGGAGGGAAGACAAAGGCGGACCUCCUGAAGGGCUACAAGGGCGCAUUAUAUCUAGGAAUUGGGCUUGCCGGGCUUGGGCUGGUCAUAUGCCUAGUCUUCCUGGGCAGAGACAAGUUGAGGAGUUCUCGCAAGGCCAAGGCAGAGAAAGGAACGCCUUCCAUCUCGCCUGGGCCUGAUGCGCAAGCUUUUGCUUGA